AUGAAGGGUCUGAUUAUGAACUGCAUGGAGAAGAAGACGCAGGCUUAUGAGCUCGUGCGGAAGGGGCUUAAGUUCGACCUGUCGUCCCACGUGUGCUGGCACGUGUACGGGCUGCUGUACCGGUCGGACCGGGAGUAUCGAGACGCCAUUAAGUGCUACCUCAACGCCCUGCGCAUCGACCCCAACAACCAGCAGAUCCUCAAAGACCUCUCGCUGCUGCAGGUGCAAAUGCGGGACACGGCGGGGUUUGUGGAGUCACGGCGGCAGCUGCUGACCUUCAAGCCCAACCACCGCGCCAACUGGAUCGCCUUUGCUGUCGCCAACCACAUCAACGGCAGGCUGGACGUGGCGUCUCAGAUCCUGUCAGCCUAUGAGGGCACUCUGGAGGACGAGUCUCCUCCGGACGGGGAGAAGUACGAGCACAGCGAGAUGCUGCUUUAUAAGGUGUCACUGCUGGCAGAAGCAGGCAAGCACGCGGAGGCCUUGGAGGAGCUGGGCAAGAAGCAGCGCCACAUCGUGGACAAGCUGGGAGUGAGGGAGCACCGGGCGGAGCUGCUGCACCUUACAGGGCGUAGCGAGGAGGCUAGAAGCGAGUACGAAGCUCUGCUGGCCAUCAACCCGGACAACUACAAGCACUACGAGGGGCUGCAGGCGUGCAUGGGGCUGAAAGCGAGUGCUGCGGAUGGCAGUUAUACGCCGGAGCAGCUGGCGCAGCUAACGGAGCUGUUCAAAGGGCUGCAGGAGAAAUACCCCAAGUCCGCUGCUGCUAAGAGAAUACCGCUGGACUUUCUCCAAGGGGCAGACUUCGAGGCAGCCUUGCAGCCACACGUGAGGCGGUUCAUCCGCAAGGGCAUCCCCUCGCUCUUCUCCGACCUUGAACCGCUCUACGACCAGCCAGGCAAGGCGGACAUCAUGGACAAGGUCUUCACAGCCAUGCUCCACUCCAUUCGCUCCUCCGGAAAAUUCCCUCCUCUCAGUGACUCGUCAGCAGAAGAGGACAAAGAAAACCCCUCUGUGCUUCUCUGGCUGCUGUAUCUUAUGGCUCAGCAUCUGGACAGGAGGGGCAAGGUGGAGGAGGCAUUGGCGAUCGUAGACGAGGCGAUUGCUCACACGCCCACACUCAUGGAUGCCUACUUGGUCAAGGCGCGUAUUCUGGACAGGGCGGGGGACUUCACAGCAGCAGCGCGGCUGGCAGACGAGGCAAGGAGCUUGGACCUGGCGGACAGAUACCUCAACUCGGAGGCCGUCAGGCACAUGCUCAGGGCCGACCAGGUGGAUCUAGCAGAGAAAACAGCAGCGCUCUUCACCAAGCACGGCGACCAGCAUGAGAACCUCUUCGACAUGCAGUGCAUGUGGUACGAGCUGGCGGGUGGAGACAGCUACCUGCGGCAGAAGAACUACGGGCGGGCCUUGAAGAACUACCUCUCAGUGCACAAGCACUACAAUGACAUGAUCGAGGAUCAGUUCGACUUCCACACCUACUGUCUGCGCAAGAUGACCCUCAGGGCCUACGUCGCCACUCUCCGCUGGGAGGACCAUCUUCACGCCUCGCCCUUCUUCUGCCAGGGCGCCGUGGGCGCUGUGCGGUGCUAUGUGGCUCUGCAUGACCGGCCGGUGGUGAGGGAGGAGGCGAAGGAGGAGGACAAGGCCAAGAUGAGCGGGGCGGAGCGGAAGAGACUGCAGAAGGAGCAACGGAGGAAGAAGGAGGAAGAGGAGGCAGCAGCAGCUGCUGCAGCGGCGGCAGCGGCAGCAGCAGCCAAGGCAGCCAAGAAGGGAGGUUCGGCCAAGCCUGUCGAUGCCGACCCUGAUGGGGUGAAGCUCACUGAGGUGGAGGACAAGCUAGCAGAGGCCUCCAAGCACCUCUUCUUGCUGGUGCAGCACGCCGGCUCGGAGCUGAUCUUUACAGUGGAGGACAAGCUAGCAGAGGCCUCCAAGCACCUCUCGCUGCUGCUGCAGCAUGCCGGAUCGGAGCUCUCGUCGCUGCAAGUGGCGUUUGAUGUGUUCUCGCGGAAAAAGAAGCUCCUGCUGUGCCUGCAGGUGGUGCGGCGGUUGCUCAAAGAACAUCCACAUGCACCCCUUACACACUCGUGCCUGGUUCGGUUCUUCCUCACAGUGCGUGACCUUCCCCCGGCAGAAUCAGAAUCAGAUAAAAUCGUCCGCGCAGUCAUCGAAGCUGAGAGGGCUGAUCUGGGUAUAUCUGAAAACCUGUCAGCAAGCUUGCAAGAAUGCAACGAGGCCUUUUUGGAGGCACACAGAGAUAGCUUGGCGCACAGGGCAGCAGCAGCGGAGGCCAUGGCCAUGCUGGAUCCCUCCCUCAAGGCGCGCGCCACUGCCGUCAUCCACGACUCGCAAGAGCCCCUGGCGAAGAGGGCAGCAGCAGCGGAGGCCAUGGCCAUGCUGGACCCCUCCCUCAAGGCGCACGCCACUGCCGUCAUCCACGACUCUCAAGAGCCGCUCGCCACAAGUGGCGGAGCAUUGGCGGAGGGAGUGGGCGAGUGGUCCCUAGACCAGUGCACGGCGGUGCAUCGGCUGCUGCAGGAAGGCCCUCUUGCUGAUGAGGCGGCUGCACAAAGAUGGAACGACCGGUGUGCGGAGCGAUUUCCCUACUCGCAGCAUUUCGAGGGCAGCAAGAGCUCCGCGAAAGCACCACCACCGGUGGCUGAUGGCGGUGAUGAGGACGGGGAGGAGGGCAGUGCUGCUGGUGCUGCUGCUGGGGAGAACGGGGUGGUGGAGUAG